AUGCGCCUAAAUGCCGACACCACCAUCGUGGGGCAGCGCGUCGUGCUGGUGCCCUACCGGCACGAGCACGUGCCCCGUUACCACACUUGGAUGCAGUCGCCGGAGCUGCAGGCACGUGCUGCGGAGCUGACGGCCUCUGAGCCGCUGUCCCUGGAGGAGGAGUAUGCCAUGCAGGCGGCCUGGGCACACGACCCCGACAAGCUGACGUACAUCCUGCUAGACCCAGCGCGGCCGCCAGCCCCAGAGCAGGAAACGUGGCCCCCUGGCGGUCGUGCCGGGGCGAUGGCUGGCGACGUGAACCUGUUCUUGAACGACCCCGACGACAGGCUCGCCGGGGAAGUGGAAAUCAUGGUGGCGGAGCCAGAGAGCAGGCGCAAGGGCAUGGCGUGCGAGGCGCUACGGCUGUUCAUGGCAUAUGUAGUGCGCGAGCUGGGUGUGACGCGUUUCAUAGCCAAAAUCGGGGAGGACAACGCCCCCUCCCUGGCGCUGUUUGAAGGGCAGCUGGGCUUCAAGGAGGUCCGUCGCGUGCAGGUGUUCAAGGAGGUUCACCUGGAGCUGUCGGUGCAGGGGCACGUGGCAACACAAAUGGCAGCACUGGCGGACGAGCUGCAGUUGCAUAGUUAUGAUUCAGCCUGA